AUGGGCUUUGUUGCUUUCAACAACUUACCAGCCGAGAUUCGGUCUAUGGUCUGGGCAUACGCCCUACCAGAGCCUCGAGUAUACGAGAUUCUUGACACGCCAUUUUCAACGCUCAAGACCCCGGCCUCUACAGGGCUCAUGUUCUCCAGCAGCUCGCAUGAUGCGCCCCCUGUACUGGCAGCCGUAUGCAGAGAGUCCCGUGCCUUCGUGCUUCGUCGCUACCGGCCACUAACACUCUCCGACACAAUCAAGUACAUCGACCCAAGCCGAGAUAUAAUUCUGCUUCAGCCUUACCUCUUGAUCAAAAGGCUAUUGAGGACUCUUCAUUCUCUCGCAGAGGUGGACUUCAUGAAGAGAGACCUGCGCCAAGUGGCAUUUGGGACAUCCUAUGGAUUCAGCACUGGUAUCUACCACCCCAUACUAAGCGGCAAAGUAUCCAAAAACAAUAUGAAAACGCUUGUGAAAAAGCUCGCAAGGUUCUCCAAAUUAGGGAAAGUUUUAUUUGUUGUUCAUGAGGAAUUCAAGUGUGUCAUCUCAAAUCCCCACAGAGCGGAGUCACAACUUGAGCUGCAGCUUUUAUCCAGCAGCUUUGUGAAGUCCCAAGAAGAUGACCAGUCACGGACUGCUUGGCAUUUUCGUCGGAACGAGAUACUAUAUUAUCCUCUUCACUUUGAAGAAGAGGUGGAAGAGGACGAGCCUGACAUAGAAAAGUCUGUGUUAGAUGGUGAGGAUGACGACGUGGAGCUGAACCGCAAGCCGACGAACGAUGAUUGGAGACGAUUCAAAAGACGAUUCCUGAAAGCUGUACAUUCAACACUGAUGAGAGAGCUACUAGAAAAGCCAAGACGAGAGCACCUUCCUUUCCUGAUCGAAGGCGCAAGUCUCCUAUGGAGAUAUGAAGCAUCAUAA